AUGGUCUCGAACCAUCAUGGCGAGGGAACGCCCAACAUUACGAAUGGCUUCGACCGCACUUUUGGCCCGCAGUAUUAUUUCUUCAACGGUGGGAAAGGCUCGGCCUCGAUUGAGGAGCUGCGAUCGGAAGCCAGCGCCCUGGCAGACCCAGAUUGGAAUGUCGAAUUCUACGACUCGAUCGCCAAACAUGUCAUCGGAUACGUGCCCUCCAGCCACCGUGGCAGUAUCCAAGGUCGGGUGAAGCUACCUCGUGGGGCCAAGCGACCGAUCGCUAUCCUCACCGUCACCGGGCAAUACUUCCAGGACAACUCCGUGGAUGCAUCCUCGCACCAAUACUGGGCGGAGAUUGACCAGAACGGGCGAUUCAAGAUCGAUCACGUCGCCGAAGGCAAGUACCGACUCACUGUCUACGCCGACAGCAUCUUCGGCGACUUCGUGAAGGACGGCUUGAAUGUACGCGCUGGAAAAGCGCUGAAGAUCGACGAAACGUGGAAGGAGGAAUCGGCGGGUGUGGAGGUCUGGCGUCUCGGAACGCCGGACAAGUCGUCGGGAGAAUUCCUACACGGCGUCGCGCGCGAUGAGACCUACCCACUCCAGCCCCCAGAGUAUCUGAUCUACUGGGGCGCAUACGACUGGCAAGAGGACUUCCCGAGCGGUGUCAACUACACGAUCGGCAGCAGCGACCCGGCCACGGAUUUCAACACGGUGCAUUGGUCGGUGUUCGGACCUACGCCGGACAACUCCGACGUGGAAUACAACACGACGCAUGACUGGAGAAUCAACUUCGCCUUGACCAAGCAGCAGCUUCGGCGCCGGAAGACCGCCACGCUGACCAUCCAGCUUGCAGGGGCCAAGACGGCAUCCGGCAACACCGACGAGUACAAGCCGGAUGAGCCGUACAGUAAUCUGGCGCUGGAGAGUUACAUCAACGAGCAGGAGGAACCGCUCACGUUGCUGGUGGGCUUCAACCAGUCCAGCAGCUGCAUCGUGCGAUCGGCCAUCAGUUGCUACCAGGUGGCGUCCCGCAUGGAAUUUCCCACGGACUGGCUGCAGGUGGGAGACAACUCGUUGAGACUGCAUCUGCCCUAUAACGCCACGGACGUGGAAACGGCGGUCCUGCCUGGCACGGUGUACGUGCAGUAUGAUGCGUUGAGAUUGGAGCUGUCGUAG